GUUUUACACAGUUUAGGCAUUCAACACCUUGAAGAAAAAAAAAAUGGGAGGCUAUUUUACUUUCCUCGUUUUGUUCUUGUGCAGUUUUACAGCUUAUGGAGGAGAAGGAGGAAGCUAUUCUUCCACUGUGACAUAUGGAUAUCAAACCCAACAGACGACAAAGCAGACGACACAGCAUCCAACUACUGGAAAAGUAACAUCUUGGACUAAUGCUGCAGUCAGUACAGCUACCUUCGGAAGCGGAAGUGGAGGAGGGUCAAUAAGUGGAACAGGACAUAGCGCAUCUGGCCAGCAACACGGACAAUGCGGAAACAGUGGUCAAGACCUCGGAAUCAGUCAAAUAGUGUUGCUUUUAUGUUUUAUUGUAAUAACUUACUGUUGAAUCCUGUGCUUUAAAGACUUCACACUCAAACACCAUAUCAGAAUUGUAACUUACAGAAUUAAAUAAAGGAUUUUUCAUUGAAAACAACAUGUAAAAUGUCAGAUAUCUUUGGUAUUAAUAGUCACUUGUCAUAUCUUUUUUGUCUACAGCUUAUGAAAUAUGUAUAACGUCUCUGAUAAGAAAAGCAACCAUCGAAACCAAGGAAGUAGUUCGUUGAAUUGGAUUCUGAUGCUAAAUUUACCAUAAGUAGUAUAUGUCAGGA